GGCAGCCGCGUGCGCCGACGCCGAGCGACGCAAGCAGGACACAACAAAGCAUGCGGUGCAUCGCAUCUCAUCUCUCCACCACCCACUCACUCCGCCAUGGCCAAGGAAGUGCUCGUGCACGAUUUCUACGACGCCGACCAGGCGCGCGAGUUUGCAGCCAGCAUGCGCGAGCGCGAGCGCGAGCGGCAGCGCAGCGCGAGCUUGUCGGACACGGACGAGGGGGGGCUGGCCAAGGCCCGCCUGCGCAUGAGCACGCCGAAAGUGUCCCGCGAGUACGUGCAGACGCAGCUGCAGUACAUGAAGGCGAAGGAGAACCCGCACUACGUCGUCCAGAGCCUCAACACGUACAUUGAUAACAAGCUCGAGCGCGGGCGCACCCUCGAAGCAGUGGGCGACAAGCUCACCGCCAUCGAGGAGCUGUUGCUGUCCAAGAAGAAGUUGAUAUACCUCGCGCCCGGGUUCGCGCGCGUGCGCAAGCAGCGCGGACUGCCCCUCACGCCGGCGGUGCAGGCGGCGCUCGACGACAUGGGCGUCGACGCCGAGACGGCCGCCAUGACGCCCACGCCGCGGGCAUAGCGGCGGCGUUCGUAGUAGCAGCGAUUUGAUCCAACCAACCAACCAAAGCACCGACCGACAGAUCCCCCAACCCACACUGUAGCUUACCAUGUAUCAUUGCGGCAUUG